AUGUCGGUGGUUGUCGUCAAGGGUGCUACUGUGGCCGUCGGGGGAUGUGGAGUGAGGAGGAAUGCGAGCCGCCAAGAAUUGAAUAUCUGCCGCCGUGAGAUGAUGGAUUCGGGCGUGGGCGAGGAGCGAUUGGUGGUCAUGCUCAAGGAUGCUGACGUGGAGAGCGGGGGAUAUGGUGUACGGAGGAAGAUCGUCAGUUGA